UACCACAUCACUGCGCCAAGCAAGACUACCUCCUUCACGAAAUAUUUUAUUAUAAAUUCAUUAUACAUACUGUGAACAAUAUUCAGAAAACCGUAUUUAGCGAUAAUGUGGUAUAACGCAGACAGAAUUAUCUUUGUGUGGCUGUUGUGCGUCCAGUCAAUGAUAACGGCACAUGACCAGGAUACUUGCCAUCUGCCAAAUCAUUUAAUUCAAGAAAUAGACUCUUAUGCGCCAAUAGUACACAGAAUAAUUAAUGAAAGUAUGCAAGGUUCAUUCAAAGGAACCACAUGGCAAGAUUUGGCAACGUUUGUUGACAAGUUUGGCCCGAGAUUUACCGGUACUCAAGUUCUUGAAGACGCUAUUGAUUACGUAUUGAACAAAUCGAUCAGUUUAGGUUUAGAUAAUGUUCAUGGUGAGCCAGCCACCGUACCACGAUGGGUCAGAGGCUCGGAAUCUGCGACUCUUUUGCAACCACGGCAGAAAAAUCUGGCGUUACUGGGACUGGGUUAUAGUAUUGGUACUCCGAAAAAAGGCAUAACUGCUAAUGCUGUCGUAGUGAAUAGUUUCGCAGAACUCAAGAAAAGGGCAGAAGAGAUUCCGGGAAAAAUAGUCGUAUACAAUCAAAAGUUUGUCUCGUAUGGAGAGACUGUGGAAUAUAGAAGCGUGGGAGCUAUAAGAGCUGCAGAAUUGGGAGCUGUAGCUGCAUUAAUCAGAUCAGUAACGCCAUUUUCAUUGUAUACCCCGCAUACGGGUAUGAUGAAUUACGCAGAAAACGUUACUAAAAUCCCAGCUGCUUGUAUAACUGUCGAAGAUGCAACUCUUCUGGGAAGGAUGGCAGAUCGAGGUGAAACGAUAAUAAUAAACUUAAAAAUGGAAGCGAAGAGAUAUCCCGAUACUCAAUCUCGAAACGUUAUAGCGGAUAUCAUCGGCUCUAGCGUGCCUGCAAAAGCAGUUGUCGUUUCUGGACAUAUAGAUAGUUGGGAUGUUGGAAUAGGCGCAAUGGAUGAUGGAGGUGGCAUUUUCAUAUCUUGGAACGCAUUAAAAUUGUUGAAACAUCUCGGCAUCCGGGCGCGAAGAACGAUAAGAAUGAUAAUGUGGACUGCCGAGGAAUUUGGUCUUCUCGGAGCGGAGCAGUAUAUACGGAAUCACGCUGCAGAGAAUGGAAAUUUGCAGUUCGUGAUGGAAUCUGAUUCUGGCACUUUCACGCCUACAGGUCUCGAAGUUUCAGGAAACAAGAUGACCCAAUGUAUACUUCAGAGAAUAAUGCGAUUGUUAACUCCGUUAGGUGACAUGAAAUUAAAGAGCCCAUGCACAGGCCCUGAUAUAUCGUUUUGGAUUAAAGCUGGCGUACCAGGUGGUGCUCUUUUGAAUCGAAACGAAAAAUAUUUCUAUUAUCACCAUACAAACGCGGAUACCAUGUUGGCAGAAAAUCCAAAAGCUCUGGAUAUGAAUACAGCUCUAUUCGCAGCGGUAUCAUUUGUUCUAGCAGAUAUCAGCGUUGAUCUGCCUCAACACAAUUUCACUAGCGUAUUAUAAAAAUCAAUUUGAUAUAUGUAUGUGUACGCAAUGAUGAAUGCACGGAAUUCUGUAUCUAGAUUGUCGACUUCAUCGCCAUAUUUGAGGAUAGCAUGGCGGUGAAUCUCAAAUGCACUCUCAUACAUAAAUACAAUCCAAUCCAAUGGCACGACAUCCCAAAGUCGGGACAAGGUCUACUUCUCAUACGUAUGCCUGUGGCGUGCACACAGGUUGUACACAGAGACAUACGGGAUCUACAAUUUAAUGCCGGUUCCAAACGGCAAUUUUUGAGAGAUUUUCUUGACAAUAGAUACUCUUGGUGGUUUGCCAGACCACCGAAGAGGAACUACGAGCGCGUGAAAAAUUCUUUGAAUCUGCCUGAGAUCGAACCUGAGAUCUCUGGUAUAGCAGUUUCGUGUGCUACCUACUACGCCACGCUCGUGCUCAUUCAUAAAUCACAUAGACAAUAUCGCGGACAAUAUUGGGUAAUUUUCAUUUGAUGGCAUAAUUAAUACAGUUAAAUAUCGUUCUAUUUUUGUUACUUACUGAAUGUCAAGAAAGAUGGAAUCGUGAUGGAAAGCAACUCAGGUGUGCUCCAAAUAUAUUUUUAACAGUUAAUGAGAACGCGACACCAUAUGCCACCAGAACCGUACGAAAUUCGUCUCGAGAAUAAGUCACCUGAUCAAUUUCUUCCGCAUCAUAUAUGGAAUGCUUGUGUUGACUUAUGUCGAUCCAAAUGAAAACCACCCAUCACAGACAAUAUCACAUGAUAAUGAUAUAUUCACAGACAGGACGCAUACAUGUGUAUACAUGAAAUUAAAACAAGAAAU